AUAAAUACAUGUUAUACCCGGUUUUAUCCACAAACAUACAUUUCUGAGUGUUACACGAGAACAUUUGACGUGCCGUGAGGAGCCACAAACAGUGGAGGCAGCGAGCAUGGCGGACGCGGCCGGGGGUCAGCUCUCCAAGAAUAUGUUCUAGGUGAAAGAGUUGUGUGGGGAUGAGUGUGCGGCUUCUCCAUGGUGUGUGGAGGGCAGCUGCCCCAGUGUGUGGCAAGGUGUUGGCGAGUGAUGGAUGGCUGUGUCCCAGCACUGCCAGAUCCUUCACACACUCCUACUCCAGGAGCAGUGAGCUGAAAAGAAGGCAAAAGGCAGAGAAGAAGGCACAGGAGAAAGUUGAAAAAGAAGCAGCUCAAGCAGCCAAAUCCAGCCAGGCAUCUGCUAAACCCAAGAUAAAUGAGGAAGAGACGAGCCCCAAUGAAUACCUCAAGCUGAGGACUCAGUAUGUACAGCAGCAGAAGGAUGCUGGCAAGAAUGUCUACCCUCACAAAUUCCAUGUUAGCACCUCUCUCACGAGCUUCCUGGACACCUACAAAGACCUGACCCAGGAGCAGCAGGGCCAGGAGGAAGUUACUGUGGCUGGGAGGGUUCAUGCCAUCCGAGAGAGCAGCCAGAAGUUGCGGUUUUAUGACCUCAGAGGGGAAGGUGUUAAGUUGCAGGUAAUGGCUAACUUAAAAUUCUAUGAGAAUGAGGCAGCCUUCAUUGAAGAUUGUGACAGAAUACGACGUGGAGAUAUUCUAGGUAUCAAGGGUAUUGCCCUGAGGACCAAGACUGGAGAAUUGUCCAUCCGUCCCUCCAAGCUGCAGGUGCUGGCUCCUUGCCUCCAUAUGUUGCCCCACCUUCAUUUUGGUGUCAAGGAUCAAGAAACCAGGUACCGCCAGCGAUAUCUUGACCUCAUCAUCAACUCGGACGUUCGCAAGAAGUUCUUAGUGAGGGCCAAUAUUGUGUCUUACCUUCGUAAGUUUUUUGAUGACUUAGGGUUUCUGGAAGUUGAGACUCCAAUGAUGAGCAUGAUUGCUGGAGGAGCCACUGCCAAGCCUUUUGUGACCCAUCACAAUGAACUAGACCAAGACCUUUUCCUAAGAGUAGCUCCUGAGCUCUACCUCAAGAUGCUUAUUGUAGGUGGUAUUGACAGGGUAUAUGAAAUUGGAAAGCAGUUCAGGAAUGAAGGCAUUGACCUGACUCACAAUCCAGAGUUUACCACACUAGAGUUCUACAUGGCCUAUGCAGACUAUAAUGAUCUUAUAGAGAUCACUGAAAAAUUACUAUCCGGAUUGGUGUAUCAUAUAUUUGGCACAUAUAAAGUGAAACUGCACCCUCAGGGCCCAGAAGGUGAGGAGUGGGAGAUUGAUUUCAAGCCUCCUUACAAGAGACUGCAUAUGUUCCCAGAGCUAGAGAAAGUCCUUGACACCAAACUGCCACCACCUGAUCAGCUCAACUCAGAGGAUGCUCGCAAAAUCUUAAGUGACCUUUGUGAAAAGCAUGAGAUUGAGUGCCCACCUCCUCGGACAUCUGCUCGUCUUCUGGACAAGCUUGUUGGUGACUUCCUUGAGGAGCAGUGCAUUAACCCAACUUUCAUUAUGGACCAUCCACAGGUCAUGAGUCCCCUUGCUAAGUACCACCGUUCCAUCAAAGGUCUUACCGAGAGAUUUGAAGUCUUUGUGGCAAAGAAAGAGAUAGUUAAUGCCUACACAGAGUUGAAUGAUCCCCUAGACCAGAGAGCCAGAUUCACGCAGCAAGCUCAAGACAAAGCAGCUGGGGAUGAUGAGGCACAGAUGAUAGAUGAAAACUUCUGCACAGCUCUGGAGUAUGGCCUUCCUCCAACUGGAGGAUUUGGUUUGGGUAUUGACAGAUUAAGUAUGUUCCUCACAGAUUCAUACAACAUAAAGGAAGUACUAUUCUUCCCAGCCAUGAGGCCAGAACAACAGAAAAAGACCUCCGAAGAAGAUAGCAACAAGGAAAAUCAGCCUGUCUCAUAGUAUUUACUUGAAUAUUUUCCUGCAAAAGUGAAGUUCAUUGAAAGUAUCUCAGGUGAUUGGAAAAUUUCUAACAGACCUUUGCCACUAAAUCAUUGGUCAAAAUUUGUGGUGUGUAAACAUUAACCUUUCUGAUUUUAUGCUUGGGGUAGUUUCUCAUGUAAUCAAUUUGUAAUUUUUUACAUACCAGAUUCACUGUUUCUGCUGUCUGCACUUGCUAUCCAAAGUUAUUUAUUUAAAGUUAUGUAGAUCA